AUGGAGAUUCUUAGCCUGUCUUCUCUAUCCGAACUCUUAGACGUAUCACACAACACAUUACAAGGGUUCUUACCUUCAGAAAUUGGCAACCUGAUAAAUGUCAAUAUCCUCGAUGUUUCUGACAACAGAUUGUAUGGCGAAAUCCCUGAUAGCAUUGGCAAAUGCGUGGUCCUCGUAAACCUUAACAUGAGUGGUAAUUUUUUUGAGGGGAUCAUCCCGACAUCGUUGGGCAAUCUAAAGGGCCUUCAAUUUCUGGACCUCUCAAGCAACAAACUGUCGGGGCAUAUACCAGAAUAUCUCCAAAUGUUUCACUCCCUCCAGUUUCUGAAUCUCUCUUUCAACAACCUUGAAGGCGAGGUUCCGCUAGGUGGGGUCUUCACAAAUAUGAGCGCAUUUUCACUUAUUGGAAAUCGAAAGAUCUGUGGUGGAAUCCAUGAACUGCACCUGCCACCCUGCCCCUCUACCCAACCCCAUGGGAAAAAACACAAAGCUGCUAUUUUGGUGGUGAUCAUCGCAGUUUCCAGUGGAGUUCUAGGUGUGACUCUGAUUCUCUUCUUCGUGUUACUUUACCGGACUCGAAAGACAAGAACGAGAUGUUCGUCCAUGGCGGCCAUGAGGACAGAACAUGUUAGAGUCUCUUAUGCCGAAUUGGUCAGAGCAACUGAUGGGUUCUCUUCAGCAAAUCUGAUUGGUGUUGGGAGUUUCGGUUCUGUAUAUAAAGGGGUCAUGGAUUGGGAUCAUAUAAAGAUGGUUGCCGUAAAGAUACUGAACCUUCAGCAGCAGGGAGCUUCAAGGAGUUUCAUUGCUGAAUGUGAGGCCUUGAGAAGAAUCCGACACCGGAACCUGGUCAAAAUCAUAACUGCAUGCUCUAGUGUUGAUUUUAGAGGUAAUGAUUUCAAAGCACUGGUUCUUGAAUUUAUGGAGAAUGGUAGCUUGGAACGAUGGCUGCAUCCGGAAGUAAAUGAGCAAUGCGCGACGAGGAAUUUGAUUUUAGAACAGAGAGUGAGCAUAGCCAUCGACGUGGCUUCUGCACUGGAUUACCUUCAUCAUCACAGCCCAGUGCCAAUCGUGCAUUGUGAUCUCAAGCCAAGCAACAUUCUUCUGGACGGGGACAUGACCGCCCGUGUGAGUGACUUCGGGCUGGCGAAGUUUCUCUCUGAAUCUACUAACUCAUUCUCCAUAUCUACAAGCUUGGCGGCGAUAAAAGGAUCGGUUGGAUACAUCGCUCCAGGUGAGAAUCCAUGCACAAAUGUUUCUACUUCUCAGUUUCUUCCUACGUAGGCUAAUAUAGACUAAUAAUGAGCAGCUAAAGACAGAUAGGCUAAUCUGGUUCAUUCAUUAUAGUACAACAUAUUUCUACCUUUUGAUUUGAAUUUAUGCUUCUAAUAUAAUCUUUCGGUGGCAUAGAGAAAUGAUCCACUUCUUUGUUUUGUUUGUGGAGUGAUUUAUCUUGAAUGUUUAACUAUGUUUUUGCCGUUGUCUUUGUGCAAACAUAUAUCAGAGUACGGUUUGGGAAGCCAAGUAUCGACUCAAGGAGAUGUGUACAGCUAUGGAAUACUUCUCUUGGACAUGUUUACGGGAAGGAGACCCACUGAUGAAGCUUUCAAUGAGAGUCUAGAUCUUCAGCGAUUUGUUGAGAUGGCUUUUCCUACUCAAAUUAUGAACAUCGUAGAUCCGCAGUUGAUACGAGAGGAAGAGUAUGAAAUUAUCGAUGACAUACAACAAAGGUGCGCUAAACAAGACAGGAUACAAGAGUGCUUAGUUUCAGUGAUCAACAUUGGGCUACAAUGUUCCAGCAAAUUGCCCAAAGAACGAAUGCAUACGGGAGAUAUUGUUAAAAAAAUGACUGCAGCGAGGCAGACACUUGGCCGGGUCUAAAGUCAUAGAGAAUGGUCCACAAAUAUUAGUUAGAUCUUAUGAAGGCUUACGUAAACAUACAUUAAUAUGUAGCUGCUGUUAC